AUGGCUACUACUACCGUCGACAUCGCUCCCUUCAUCGCCGUCCUGGAAGCCGCCCAGAAGAAGGAGAAGUACACCCCGGAAGUCCAAGCAGCCGCCGAAGGCAUCGACAUCGAUGUCCUGAAGGCCGCUCACGAGAAGGUCUCCGAGCAGGGCAAGUUCGAGAAGCUCGACGAUGCCGCUGAAGCUGAGGCCCUCCAAAAGGGUUUCGAGUUUGCCGCCAAGGCCGUCAUGCUGCUGCAGAAGCAACCCGGCCUUUUGGAGAAGAAGGAUCUCUACAUCUACUUCAAGGUCAGCAAGGGCGAGACCAUGGAGAAGCCAGGCACUUUCGACUUCCAGAAGAAGCAGCUCUACAGUGCUUGGGAGAACGUUAAGGAUUACAGCGUCCCCAAGGCUAACCAGCUCUACAUCGACCACGUUACCGCCUUGAUGGUCAAGUACAACACCGUUGAACAAUAA